UUGGCUUGCUGUGCAUUUUCCCGCCAUUUCCAGCUCUUCGUGAGGAGAACUGGGUGAUUGAGAAUGGAUUGGUUUCACUGUAACUGGUGUUUCCGAAAAGAUGGAGACAAUUUCUUUGUCACCAGCUGUGGCCAUAUUUUUUGUAAAAAGUGUGUGACUCUGGAAAAAUGUGCUGUUUGUGGAACUGCCUGCAAACAUCUGGCUCUUUCUGAUAAUCUGAAACCUCAGGAAAAGAUCUACUUCAAAAGCCCUGUGGAAACAGCUUUGCAAUAUUUUAGUCACAUCUCUCAGGUGUGGCGUUUCCAGAAGAAACAAACAGAUCUCCUGAUGGCGUUUUAUAAGCAUAGAAUUACAAAGUUAGAAGCAGCCAUGCAGGAGGCACAGCAGACGGUGACCAGCCAGGAAAAAGAGCUGUCAAUCUUAAGGAAGGAGAAUGGAGAACUGAAGAAAUUUCUUGCCAUCCUAAAGGAAUCUCCAAAUUGGUACCAAGGAAGCAGGUCAGCCACACCUCGACCAGUAGGCAUUACUUCUCCAUCACAAUCAGUUACUCCACGACCCAGUUCUCAGCAUAGCAGCCAAGUGGUCAGUCGGUCCUCCUCGGUGGAGUCUGUCCCCUACAGGAUGUCAGGAUUUAGUAGCUUGGGACAAGGAGUCAGAGGCCUACAAGGAAGAAGAACUCCCAGAGACUCAUAUAUUGAAACCCCUUCACCAGCUUCUACUCACAGCCUAUCUUAUAGGCCUUCACCUACCUCUUCUGGACAGGGGAUUUUUUCUUUCAGACCAUCCCUAAAUGGUAGGGAUUCAGGCCACACAAGAGCCCUUACCCCCACUAAUUCAGGUCAGAGGGAAAGCAGAACCCCACUAGAGAGGCUUCCUGGUUUCCAGCUACCAGUCCAGCAGACUCUCUAUGAACAGAGACAGAUGGGAUUAACCAGGGCAAGAGAAGCAUGGACUACUUCCAGAUAGAUCAUCUUCAAGGUCUGAUCCAUACAUAUUGCUUAAGGAGACGUAGAGCAUCCAAUACUCAUUAAAUGCGAUGGCCUUGGAAAAUGUUUUCCUGCUUUCUUUCCACGUUUCACUGUGUGCCCUUAUCUGUUUUGUUCUUUACGAUAUACACCCUAUUUACCUCUUAGGGAAAUGAUCAACAUUAUAUAAGGCUAGAUUCAGGAAGAUGUUUAGAUCUCUCCCACACUCGUAUGUAGUUCUCUCAUUUCCUACAACUUAAAAACGAAGGUUGUAAAAACAAUUCUUGGCUCACUGGAGGUGGGAGAUAAUAUACUUGUUAUGUUUUAUUUCUAGAUUUCAUUUUUUAACUUUGGAUAUAUUCGCCUAUUGCCAAAGCUAAUAAGCAACAACUGUUCCUUGUCCUAAUUUAUAAUACUACUUCUGUUUGCCUAUUGUUUCCUCUAUGCCUAGUUAACUAUGUUGAUUUUCCUGUCUGAAAACAGCUGGAGACCCAGACUUUCAGCUUACUAAAGUAUACAGAUAAAAUAAAGAUAUCUUUUUAUUGUUA